AUGCCGGACAUAUCGCAGGAUGAGUUCGAGGCCAAGCUGCCGCAUCUUGCGCCGGCCACCGCCGCCGAGCUGCGCAAGCGUGCCAACUCCGGUGGGUCCCGCACGGUGGCUCGUGCCGCAGGCUCCCCCACAUCAAACGCCCCGGUCACCAAUCAAACGCUCGACGAAAGUGUUUCCGGUCCCGCGUUUGCCGAGCCCGUGUACGGCUACAAGCGUGAGAUUAGCCAUAGGAUCUUCGUCAACCGCUCGAUGCACCUGGAGAACAUCAAGUUCUAUGGCUUCGACAUGGACUACACGAUCGCGGAGUACAAGUCGCCGCAGUACGAGCAGCUCGGGUUCGAUCUGGUGAAGGAGCGGCUGGUCAGCCUCGGCUAUCCCGCCGAAAUACGCCAGUUCGAGUACGACCCGUCGUUUCCGGUGCGCGGUCUCUGGUUCGACUCGCUGUACGGCAACCUGCUGAAGGUGGACGCGUACGGCAACAUCCUCGUGUGUGUGCACGGUUUCGAGUUCCUCAAGCACCAUCAAGUGUAUGAACUGUACCCGAACAAGUUCCUGCAGCUGGACGAGAGCCGCGUGUACGUGCUGAACACGCUGUUCAACCUGCCGGAGACGUACCUGUUCGCGUGCCUGGUCGACUUCUUCACGCACUCGCCGCAGUACGCGGAGCAGGUCGAUCGUACCGGAGUCAAGUACGGCGAGCUGUUCAUGUCGUUCAAGUCGAUCUUCCAGGAUGUGCGCGGUGCCGUCGACUGGGUGCACAUCUAUGGCGAUCUGAAGAAGAAAACACUUGAGAACCUGGACGAGUACGUCAAGAAAGACGAGCGGCUGCCGAUGGUGUUGUCGCGCAUUCGCGAAUCGGGCGCGAAGCUGUUCCUGCUCACGAACAGCGACUACAACUUCACCGAUCGCAUCAUGACGUUCCUGUUCGACUUCCCGCACGGUGCCAAACCGGAGGAGCCGCACCGGGACUGGAAGACGUACUUCGACACGAUCGUGGUGGACGCCCGGAAGCCGCUGUUCUUCGGCGAGGGCACCAUUCUGCGCCAGGUCGACACGACCACCGGUGCGCUCAAGGUCGGCACGCACAUGGGCCCGCUGCAGGCGAACCAGAUCUACUCGGGCGGCUCCUGUGACGUCUUCACCAAGCUGAUCGGCGCGAAGGGUAAGGACGUGCUGUACAUCGGCGACCACAUCUUCGGCGACAUUCUCAAGAGCAAGAAGAUUCGCGGCUGGCGCACGUUCCUGAUCGUGCCGGAGCUGGUGCAGGAGCUGCACGUCUGGACGGACAAGUGCCAGCUGUUCGCGGAGCUGCAGCAGCUCGACGUGCGGCUCGGCGACCUGUACAAGAACCUCGACUCGAGUGCCAAGGAGAAGCCGGACAUCCGCUCGGUGCGCACCGCGAUCCGGGACGUCACGCACAAGAUGGACCUGGCGUACGGCAUGAUGGGCUCGCUGUUCCGCUCCGGCUCGCGCCAGACGUUCUUCUCCAGCCAGGUGGUGCGGUACGCCGACCUGUACGCUGCCACCAUCCUCAACCUGAUGUACUACCCGUUCUCGUACAUGUUCCGCGCGCCCGCCAUGCUGCUGCCGCACGAGUCGACGGUCGCACACGAACAGCGCUUCACGCUCGAUGCACCCAUGAUCCAGCGCUCGCGGCCACCCCGUGCCAUCGGCGGCUCAGCCAAUCCACUCGGCCCCUCGACCUCGGGCCUGCCUCCGACGGCAACCAACUCGCUUUUCAGCAAGUCUGCGAUGGUGGAGGGUGCUGCAUCAGCAGCAGCAGCUAUGCUGGCCUCCCUGACCACCUCACAGAUGAUGGCCAAAGCCAGUGUCAUGCUAGCACCACACGAACUCGCUGACGAGCUUGGUGAUCUGGUCGGUGGUGACGAAUCGAAGGAACUGACACGGCUUAUACCACAGGAACAGGACGGUCUGCUGGCCGUGUCCGUGCCACACACGCGCCCAGAAACGCCCCGCUCCGUCACGCACACGCACGACGAGGACUACUCGGACGAGGAUAGCGACGAUCAGAAGAAGAUGGUGUCGGCGGUUGCACCCGCCGCAGCAGGUUGUGAGGGCGGACAAUCGUCAUCGGCCACCGGCGACGGACCGGAUCCACCCGCUCGGGUGUAAAAGCAGCUUGAGAGAGGAUUGGCGUUUUCCCGGCUUCCGCUGCAUACACACAAACACAUUUAUCGCAUAAGUAGCACAAAACCACGGGGGGGAUGAACACAAGAGAAAGUAAAAGCGAAGGAGAGACUGCUGCUGAUGCUGCUGCUGCUUGCUGUUGUAGUAAUAUUAUGCACCGUAGCCCGUGCGCAGCCGAAUGUUGAUCCGAAGCCGAACGCAGAGAAAAAGGUAAAAGCAGAGUGAAGGACAAUUCAAACAGACAUUGCAAUUUACCUUGGUAUAGAGUGAAACCGAACUGAGGCUGGGCUGACGAAUGUAGCCUACGUAGAGACAUUAAUUGCAGUUAAAAAAAAAGGUAGAAUUAAUUGAACGCUGGCUUUCGUUAGACGAUGAAACUGAACAGAUAUGAGAGGAACAAGCACACGUAGAAAGGUUUAGUUUUUUUUUUUUUAUUGCUCGGUACUCUGCUCGAAUUAUUUAUUUCUACGUUGUUCCAUUUGCACCUAUUUCAAUUCAAAAUAUCCAACUCAAAAAGAAAAACAUGAGGAAACCUAUUUUAAAAAAAGGCCAGGUUCAUUGUUUUUGUCGAGAGCAUUUUUGUUUGUUUGGGUUUUCUCAUCGAUUCUUAGGCUACGCUGGCAGUGUACAGAGAACACAAAGGUGUCACUUGUUACAGGGAAAGAAAAUUCAACACAGGACAAAGCGUGAGGGUUGAACGAAUGGUUAAACCAUCGGAGGAGAAUGCUCUUUUCGGCCCAUGAUGAUGGUCCACCAGAAAGGUCAGAGAUUGCGAGAUUCGUUUUUAAAUGUUCCUUUCGUUUCGUGCGAAUCGAAAUAACGACUAUAAUAGUAGUACUAGUAAGGAUUUAUAAUAACCAUAGUACAAGCAAACCCGUAGCUCAACAACAUAUAUCGUGUACGCUAAGAAUUUAUGACUUUGAUUGGUUUGUUUAGUUUCGCGACGGUCGACAGCGGAACUCUCUAUACUAUCAAACUUGCGCAUUUUGUGGAGCACGGUAAACGGAAGAUUCACAUUCAGGGUGGGCGACAAGUUGUUCUCUUUAAAUCAACAACCCAUCAACGUUAACGGGUCAAGAAAGUCGUAUGUUGUAGGAAGUAUCGGGAUAGAAUAAUCAUGACUUGUUCGCCCAAAAGGAUUGGAUUUUACCGUUUUAUUAGAGAUAGUUUUUUUUUCUUUCAAUCUUUUGUAUAUUUACUUUUGGCUUGAUAUGUAAUCUGCAACAACAAAAAAAGUGAACACGGCACAAUGCAGCUUUCAUUGAGAUUAUCUUUUUAUAUAUAGCUACUAAACAAAUGAAGAAGAAUCACAGAGGCAAGAACACAUACCGAGCUGCUACAGAAUCUCAUAUCAUUACCAAGAAUUUACAACUAAAUUGCAACUAGUUGGCAAAGUUAGCCAGCAUUAGUUAAAAGGCAUUGUUUCUCUUUUCCGAGGCGCUUCCCAAAGGCAUAAAUGCAAAUCAAAGCAGGAUUCGACAAUAUAAGUAAUGCAGUCAACAACAUUGGUACACAUAUUUCGAGAGUCGUAAGACUUUAGCAUAAGUCUUCAUAUGUUCAUGUGGUAGCUCUUUUAGUAUAUUACUCUUUUUCGCGUUUACCUUAUGUUCUGUGCAGUGAAUUUCCACCGCGCGCAUGCUAAACAAGCAAUAGAGUUUAAAACGUUAACGGGUUUUUUGGUGGAAAAGUUUUUCGAAAAGUACUCUUGCUUGAAACGACGAUUCAUACGAGUUGCACGAACCGAGUAAACCGAAGCAUUUGCAGCCGAAAGCUGAACCGCAUUCGCAUCAAAAUGUGAACGAGAGGGAGCAAAAGGUGGUCCCAAAACUAAGCGACACUAAACUCGGAACACAGUACAAUAGGCAAAAAGGGCAUUGUGAUCCAGACCUCCACUAGAGCUCGUUUUUUGGUAGCAGGGUUUAGUAACAGUGAAGUUAAACGCGUUUGAAUUUGUAUCGUUACAACGUAGGGAAAGCGAAGGAAUGCCAGCGUACAAGCAUGUAACCGCGUUAAAGAGUGUAAUUAAUAAAAUUCGUUACCUAAACAUAGCA